AAAUAUCUGUACAACUAUUUCAAUGUAUUUCAAUGUAAACAUAAACAACAAAACAAUUGAUUAGAUAUUAAAUAAUUAUUAAUAUUUUUACGGCAAACGCGUUGUCCGCCUAUAAAUGUAUGGCCACACCAACAGCUGUGGUCGUUGUCCUCUUAACAGCCGUUGUACUAUAUAGUGUUGGCCAACAUCUCUCGUUAGUGAUAUGAGCGACCAAUUUGUGCGGCCAGAUAGCGCUGGCGGCGGCAGCGGCGGUGGACGCCGUAGUGAACGGCUAUAUCGGCUCAAACAACAGCUGAUGGUCACCAACGAUGAGACGACGGCGGCGGCCGUGAUAGCAGACAGUAGUAUUACCGCUAAUGGCCAGACUAGUAGUGGUUGCCGACGACAACGACAACAACAACCGGGACAACAGCGCCGCCGAUCUAAAUAUGUGGUCAAAUGUGAGAAGUGUUUGGCGAAAAUUGGCCGCCAAUUGAAAACCAAACGCUGGUACGACUUGUCGGCUGAAAAGUGGUUACGCGUUUGUGGCGAUUGUGCUAAACAUUUGUCGGCGACGGCUGCAGCCGUGGAUAAGUACUCAUCGGCUGGUAAAGUGGUCAAUAGUCCGGCCGUCGUCGAUGAGAUUAAACGCAAAUAUCUGGACAGUUGUAGCGCUUUUGGCCGAUCAUUGUCGAAACUGUUGGCCAAUUCGGCAGCCGAACGUCUAUAUUGUCCAACAUUGCGGCCACACUCGGGCACUGCGUGUGCGUGUGUCCAGCAGUUCAUUAUUGGCGACCAGACUAGCAGCGACCAGAGUUUGGCGGCCAAACAACUGCGGGCCCAACAGCUGCUCGAUUUGCAAACAAAAGGCAAACGAUUGAGUCAACAAAAAUGUUAUCCAAUUUCGGUGAACGAUAUCGGCGGCGAUGGUUACCAGAAAACUGUCGGCUUAGGCAAUGGACACAAAAAGAGUGCCGAAUUUGAGGCGUUUGUCAAAACUCAGCGACAAUACCUGAGAGCGGAACUCCGUUUUUGCGAGAGAGCCGCCCAGCGAGUGAUCGGCUAUUCAAACAAUUUUUUGCACAAAAAACUAAAGACCGAACCGAUCGACGGAAGCGAUGGUGUUGGUGGUGGUGGUGGCCGUCAACGUGUAGUCAGACAACGGGGCAAAGCGGCCACUGGAAAACUGCGCGAGUUGUCCGAUGUGGCCGCAGAUGUUUGUUGCCCGAAUCGUUGCCAGCAGUUGUGCAAAACCCAUCCGGAAUUGGUCAACGGUUGGCGACAGCGUGCCAUCGGUGGCGGUCAACUGGAAACCAGGCGUGUGUUGGCCGAAAUGUUGACGCCAGCGCAGGGCGAACGUGUCAAUUGUCGUAAGUUUAUCGCAUCGGUUACGGGAAGCAGUAGUCGUACCAUCGAUCGGGUCGAUAGCUAUAUGCGUUCAAACGGUGGACGCCGUGAACCACAGGAACACGGAUUGAAACGCUAUUGGAUCCGAUCGACAACUGGUGAUACUGUUGCUGUUGAUAGUAGUAGUAGUGGUGGUCGACAAACAACGACGACUACUGAUGCAGCUGUUGUUGAUCUCGAUUACGGUGAUGAAGAAGCCAUUGUUCAUCAAUUGGCGCCCAAUUUAUUGCUUACCACUACCACCGCUGCCGCCGCAGCUGACGAUAUAUGUGCAACAUUUGUUGACGGCAUUGUGGCCAACAUUUCAUCCAUCACUGAUGAUGACAACGACCGCAACGGUCUGGACAGCAAUGGUCAGCAGCAGCUGCAACAACAACAACAGCAGCAGCGCAUUCAUCUAUUGGUCAAUCAAAUGAAUAACGAGAUAUCGGUAAUCAAUACCAGUGGCCGACAUCAGAUGAUUGCUAUAGUCGGGCCACCAUUUGUCGACAUUGACUACGGUUGCGGCGGCGACGGUGGUAGUGGUGGCGGCGGUACUCAACAAUUGUUUGAAACAAUGAUAACUUGAGUGUUGAGUUAAGCGAAAGUUACGGUAGCUUUUUUUUAUUAG